UUGUGGCUGUGGUAACUACUGACAACCUCCAGCUGCGUUUGCCGCUGCUGUGACUGUCCUGCCUGGCCGCCCGGUGUCUGAUACGCUGCUCCCCUGCUCCUUCCCUGGAUCCAAAGCCCGCCUUGGCUACCGAACUCCCAGUGAAUGCACUAGUCAGCAACCAUGACAGGCAUCGCCGCCGCGUCUUUCUUCUCCAACUCCUGCAGGUUCGGGGGCUGUGGGCUCCAGUUCGAGUCUCUGGCCGAGCUCAUCGUCCAUAUCGAGGACAAUCACAUCGACACAGAUCCUCGUGUUCUGGAGAAACAGGAGCAACAACAGCCCACUUACCUGGCCCUGAGCUACAUCAACAGGUUCAUGACAGAUGCAGCGCGUCGGGAGCAGGAGACCUUGAAGAAGCGGGCCACGCCCAAACUUUCCCUGUCAAUCACAGGGGGUGUGUCUCGAAACAGCGUGGCCACGCCUCCACGCCACAGCAACGGCAACCUGACUCCUCCCGUGACUCCACCCAUCACACCCUCCUCCUCCUUCCGUAGCAGCACACCCACAGGCAGUGAGUAUGACGAUGAGGAGGUGGACUAUGAGGAGUCAGACAGUGAUGAGUCCUGGACCACGGAGAGUGCCAUCAGCUCCGAGUCUAUCCUCAGCUCCAUGUGUAUGAAUGGAGGAGAGGAGAAACCCUUCGCCUGCCCUGUGCCUGGCUGCAAGAAGAGAUACAAGAAUGUGAACGGUAUUAAAUACCAUGCCAAGAACGGCCACCGGACACAGAUCCGUGUGCGGAAACCCUUCAAGUGCCGCUGUGGGAAGAGCUACAAGACGUCCCAGGGCCUGAGACACCACACCAUCAACUUCCACCCGCCUGUCUCCGCCGACAUCAUCCGCAAGAUGCAGGGCUAGAGACGAUCAUCGUGACAACCCCUGGUCACACCCCACCAUGUAUACCCCCCAAACAUUACCCUAUUCCUCACCAGCACUACCCACCCAACCACCCCAAACCUUUUCAAUUGUCAAUAUCCACCUCACCACUCCCAACCACCCAAAACAUAUCCCUAUCCCUUCUGGCCCAACAUAGGGGUGACAACCCAAACCCCUAUCCCUUCUGGCCCAACAUAGGGGUGACAACCCAAACCCCUAUCCCUUCUGGCCCAACAUAGGGGUGACAACCCAAACCCCUAUCCCUUCUGGCCCAACAUAGGGGUGACAACCCAAACCCCUAUCCCUUCUGGCCCAACAUAGGGGUGACAACCCAAACCCCUAUCCCUUCUGGCCCAAUCUUAGGGCUGACAACCCCUAUCCCCGCUGGCCUAAUCUUAGGGGUGACAACCCUUAUCCCCUCUGGCCCAAUCUUAGGGCUGACAACCCCUAUCCCCGCUGGCCUAAUCUUAGGGGUGACAACCCUUAUCCCCUCUGGCCUAAUCUUAGGGGUGACAACCCUUAUCCCCUCUGGCCUAAUCUUAGGGAUGACAACCCCAAACCCCUAUCUUAGGGGUGACAACCCAGACCCCUAUCCCUUCUUGCCUCACACUAAAGGAUCUAGUGCAUGCUUUAAGUUGUUUAGACUUUGUCUUGUAUUAUGUUGUAUGGUUUUGACAUGCUAUCUCUAUAGGCUUAGUUUUGUUGUUGUACAUUUGCACAUUCUUAUGCUAUCACAACAAUUGUCCUUACUUUUUGUAUUGACAUACGGUGCUAACUGUAAAAAAAAAUAUAUAAAAAAAAGAGUAAUGUGAGAGAAGGAUGAGGGCAAGAGGAGUGGAUGAAUGGAGUUGUGUUUUACAGUCUAUAUAUAGAUAUAUAAACAAUAGGUGUGUGUAUAUACAAAUAUAUAAGUAUUCAUAACCAUAUACAAAAUAGUUGCUUUAUUUUAUACUUUAUUUUUCAAUAUAUUUUCCAGAUAUUUUAUCGAUAAGUGUGUUUCAUUCCUCAACCCCCUGAGACAAUCUGUUCUGUGGUGUCAUAGUUCAAAGUUGAAACAGCUAGGUGACCUCAGGUCUAGAUAUUCCCAGCAGCAAAAAAAACAAACUGACUAGGGCUUGAAUUCUAACUUCAGAUCUGUGUACAAAACAAAAAUGGUUUCUCCUAUUGCUAUUUAAUGCACGAUUUGCGCUGAAGUUACAUGCAGAUUUCAUGUUAUCAUUUGGCCCAUAUAGAGAAACAGAGAAAGUAUUGAAUCCCUUCAUUCCCACAGUUCUAGAACAGUUAUAGGACUGAUCCCCAAUGAUUCCGGAAUGUAUUGUCCAUCCUGUAUUCUAUAAGGUUAUUCCAGACUAGUGUGAGCAGACCAGUUGAGGCGUCAUACUGUAUUCUCAAAGGUUAUUCCAGACUAGUGUGAGCAGACCAGUUGAGGCAUCAUACUGUAUUCUAUUCCAUUUGUCAAGUAUUGUUUCUGGUUACUUUUCCAUGAUCAUUGCCAACAGCUCUCUACUGCCAAACAUUGACAUGUGCCUGAGGGGGAGAGAGACUGUCAUAAGGUUUCAUCUUAGAGACGCGCAAAAGUGUCAAGGGAAUACUGUCUCAUUGCGCCUCAAGUGUGAGUGUGUGUGCAUGCUUUUGUCUUAAAGUAUGUGUGUGUGUCGAGAGAUUACACCUACAACCUUUGAUUGCCUUGCGUUGUAGACCAUAGCAUUCCAGUAGUCAGUGUGAGUUGCUUCUUAGGAGAGUCUUUCUGCAGUAAGUGAGCUUCUAGUGUUAUUCUUCUUUCUGUUAGUCCUCUAUAGUAUUACAAUUUAUGGCUGAGGCUCAAAUGUGAGUGCCAGGUCACUGGGCGAGUCCCAAAUUGCACCCUAUUCCUAUGGGCCCUGGUCAAAAGUAGUGCCAUACCAAGGCCUUGCCCAUUGCUCCUGUAGAGCAGGAGAGUGGUGGACGUGAUCCAGUUGGGAUAUCAUGCUUUCAGAGUACAGCGGAGUCAUUUUGUCAAAACAUUUCUAACCUGUCAUUCAGUUGUGUGACGGUCCCCCACCACACACAACCCCACUUUACAUGAGUGUGGCAAAGUGCCGUUAAGGUCAGGGCCCGUAUUCACAAAGCAUUUCAGAAUAGGAAUGCUGAUCAGAUUUUCCUUUUAAAAUCGUAGGAGGGGGGGGACCUGAUCCUAGAACAGUACUCCUACUCUGAGAUGUGUUGAACACAGGCCCAGGAUACAAGACAGAAAGAAAAUGUCAGUGAAAGAGGAAGGUAGCAUCGUUGGGGUAGUGUUUUUGUGUGGCGUACAGAACUCGUUCCGGACUCUGUGCCGGGUUUUCCGUACUUGGAAGCCUUGGCUCCGUAGCAGCUUUCUGGCAAGGGAUCGGAGACGCAGGUCACCAUGGUUACACUUUAACAGUAUUAGUGGGGAUGGGAGGAUUACAUUAGUCGUGUGUGUAUGAGGGGGACUAUUUCGAUAUACUGUGUACAGUGAAUGUAUUGUAAUGUGUGUCUUAAGUGCUUUUAAAUUAUAUUUUCAUAUGUUUCCUAUUUGUGCAGAGGUUAUGAGUAGGGAGACCUGUGUACUAUGUCAAACUGUCUUUUAUAUACAAGAAGCUGCUUCAUAAAUGUAAAAUGCCAUUACAUUAAAAAAACUCUGGAGCCCA